UAGUGGAUCUAACGUAAUAGUGUGAGAGUCCAGUCCAUAGUGGAUCUAACAUAAUAGUGAGAGAGUCUAGUCCAUAGUGGAUCUAAUAUAAUAGUGUGAGAGUCCAGUCCAUAGUGGAUCUAACAUAAUAGUGAGAGAGUCUAGUCCAUAGUGGAUCUAAUAUAAUAAUGUGAGAGUCCAGUCCAUAGUGGAUCUAACAUAAUAGUGUGAGAGUCCAGUCCAUAGUGGAUCUAACAUAAUAGUGUGAGAGUCCAGUCCAUAGUGGAUCUGGCAUAAUAUUGUGAGAGUCCAGUCCAUAGUGGAUCUAACAUAAUAGUGUGAGAGUCCAGUCCAUAGUGGAUCUAACAUAAUAGUGUGAGAGUCCAGUCCAUAGUGGAUCUGGCAUAAUAUUGUGAGAGUCCAGUCCAUAGUGGAUCCAACAUACUAGUGAGAGUCCAGUCCAUAGUGGAUCUAACAUAAUAGUAUAAGAGUCCAGUCCAUAGUGGAUCUAACAUAAUAGUGUGAGAGUCCAGUCCAUAAUGGAUCUGGCAUAAUAUUGUGAGAGUCCAGUCCAUAGUGGAUCUAACAUAAUAGUGUGAGAGUCCAGUCCAUAGUGGAUAUAACAUAAUAGUGUGAGAGUCCAGUCCAUAGUGGAUCUGGCAUAAUAUUGUGAGAGUCCAGUCCAUAGUGGAUCUAACAUACUAGUGAGAGUCCAGUCCAUAGUGGAUCUAACAUAAUAGUAUAAGAGUCCAGUCCAUAGUGGAUCUAACAUAAUAGUGUGAGAGUCCAGUCCAUAGUGGAUCUGGCAUAAUAUUUUGAGAGUCCAGUCCAUAGUGGAUCCAACAUAAUAGUGAGAGUCCAGUCCAUAGUGGAUCUAACAUAAUAGUAUGAGAGUCCAGUCCAUAGUGGGGCCAGCAGGAGUUCAUCUUGAGUGGGGACAGGUGCACAGAUGAGUGGUCCACCCUGGGUCCCGACAUUGGACAGCUAGCGCGUCAUCUGUGGUCAUCGAAUCUGUGCCCCCCCACCACCACCACGAAGGAGAGGGGGGCAGAGCAGAAAAGAAACGGCAGAUCAACUGGUCUAAAAGGGGUGUCUAUUUGAAGGCUAGAGUAUACAAAUGAGUUUUAAGAUGGGACUUAAAUGCUUCUUUUACAUUUUAUUCAUGCUAUGUUAAAUCUGCCCCUGUCCAAAUCAGUUGCAUUGGCUCCUGAUGACGAUCCACCAUGCAGCCAUCUUCUUGUGACACCUUUGUGGCUCUGCCCCCCUCCACGGAGGGACACCGCAUCGUUUUUGGAAAGAACUCUGACCGACCUCAGGAUGAAGUCCAGGAGGUGGUUUAUUCCCCGGCCUCAGACUAUGAAGAGGGGUCAAAGGUUGAGUGUACUUACAUCGAGAUAGAGCAAGUUCCCCACACAUUUGCAGUGGUUUUGAGCAGACCGGCGUGGUUGUGGGGCGCAGAAAUGGGCGCCAAUGAGCACCAAGUGUGUAUUGGGAAUGAGGCGGUGUGGGGGAGAGAGAGUGCCGAUGCUGAGGAGGCUCUACUUGGAAUGGAUCUUGUCAGGCUUGCACUUGAGAGGGCGGACACGGCGGAGAAAUCAGUGCAUGUCAUAGCUGAGCUGCUGGAGAAACAUGGCCAAGGUGGAUGCUGCUUGGAAGAAGACUGUGGUUUCACCUACCACAACAGCUUCCUCAUCUCAGACAGGAAAGAGGCUUGGGUGCUGGAGACCUCCGGGAAGCACUGGGCUGCAGAGAGAGUGGAAGGCGGCUAUCGCAACAUCUCAAACGAGUACAGCAUCACAACAAAGAUAGACAAAGAGCACCCAGACUUGCGCAAGUAUGCACAAAGUAAUGGCUGGUGGGAUGGAGAGGCUCCGUUCAACUUCGCUGCCGCGUACUCCUACAUGAACACGUCCAGAAUCGAAGCCUCGGGGAGUCGAUACUGUGAAGGGAAGAAGCUGCUGCAAAAGAGCAAUGGACACAUCUCUGCUCAGACAAUGAUGGACAUCCUGAGGGAUAAAGACAGUGGCAUAAAUAUGGAGGGCAUGUUCAUGACUACAGGCAGCAUGGUGUCUGUGGUACCUGUGGAUCAGGCUCUUCCAGGGGUUCACUAUUUCACCGCUACUCCAGACCCUGAGAGGUCUGUGUUCAAACCAUUCAUCUUUCUGCAAAACAUUGGGGAGCUAAAGGAGACCACAUCUCCCAGUUACGGCUCAGAUGACCCAGUAAAAAGGAAGCCGCGUUUCCGGAGCAAGCCUGACCGAAAGCAUGGGCUGUUUGGCAAACACGAGGUGGUGGCUGCCAUCAUUGACACACACAAGGAGCGAGGAGAGAGGAUCGUGCACAACAUGAGGAAGUUAGAAUGUGACAGGAUGAAACAGAUGGAGGAGAUUCUUUGUCGCGGUGUUAAGCAGCCGGACAUUUUGUCGGACGUGUUUUCAAGUUCUGUGAAGGACGAGAUGGAGCUGUACAGCAAAAAGUUCUAACUCAAUUAGGACACAGUGCAGGUCUCACUUAUUACAACACAUCCACUUGAGAAUAGAAGAUUAAAUAAAUGGUACAAUCUA